UAUGGAGGCAGCCUAAAGAAAAAUAAGCGACUUGAGAGAGAGGGAGAGAAACAAUGCAGUGUGAGCACCUCUGUAAAAGCAGAUGGUUUGGCAGUCUUCCAGACAAUGCUACAGGAGUGGACAAUCCAGAUUAAUACGGAGGUCAGAUCAUGCAAUCUGCAGAGAAAGCGCAAAAAAAAACCCAAAUAUGGCUUAUUGAAGAGUUCCCAGGAGAGUCUAUUUUAUAAAGAGAACAUGGCAGCAUUGCUUAGGUUUGCAAAGCUGCAUCUGAACAAACCCACAAGACUUCUGGAACCAUUUCCUUUGGGCAGGGUGGAGCCUGCUGGAGUCCAAUGGUUGAGACCAGGAGGUCUGAGGAAGUAUUCCUGUCAACUCAAAAUCAACACAAACACAGUAAAUAGAAAACUCAAGCUGUCUGACAAGAAUAGGAAGGUGACACGUGUGGAGGAGCUUCAGUCAUAUCCUGAUCAUCCAGACAGAUUUGAUUAUUAUCAUCAGCUGCUGUGUAGAAAUGGUCUGACUGGUCGCUGUUACUGGGAGGUCAGGUGCAGAGGAAGAGUUUAUAUAUCAGUGAGUUACAGAAGCAUCGGAAGGAAAGGAGACAGUAAUGACUGUGUGUUUGGAGAAAAUAAUCAGUCCUGGAGUCUGAGCUUCUGUGGUGGUUCUGUUUCUGCAAGACACAAUAACAAAGAAAUAUUAUCCUUCUCCUCCUCCUCCUCCUCCUCCUCUGUCUCUAACAAAGUAGCAGUGUAUGUGGACUGUCCUGCUGGCACUCUGUCCUUCUACAAAGUCUCCUCUGACACUCUGAUCCACCUCCACACCUUCAACACCGCAUUCACUGAAACGAUUUAUCCUGGGUUUGGACUCUGGUCAGGUUCCUCAGUGUCCCUGUGCUGAGUUGAUUGUAAAGAGUGUCUCCUGUUAGAGAAACACUCUGACUGUUGAACAGAUGGUUCAGUCUGUACAUGUCUGUCUCUUUCACUCAGAAACACGUUUU